AUGCAGUGUGCUAUGCAUUCCAUCCCCAAGAUCAGCAGUCGAGCCUGGCGGUGUUGUGCCUGGCCAAUUGAAGGAGCGCCUCCAAGGCUGUUCGACGAGUCCUUCCGCAGCACAGCAACUUCUUUCUCCAAGUACUCUGUCGUGGACAGCUCCAUGGACCUGAGCAGCUGCCGGUUCUCCGAGCUCAGUGGAGGGGCUCUGCAAGAAGGCAGCGACGACUCAGAGAAGGAGAAGCCUCUGGCGGCAACACCUCCUACACAGACACAGCCACAGGCCUCCGUUCCAUCUUCGUCGUCGUCCAGCCAUGCCCAUGACCCGGUGAUCCUGCAGUUCGGCAAGGUUGGGAGGGACAUGUUCACCAUGGACUACCGGUACCCGCUGUCGGCCUUCCAGGCCUUCGCCAUAUGUCUGACGAGCUUCGACACCAAGCUGGCCUGUGAAUGA